ACAUAUGUUCGCUCUUCAGGCUAACAGACAAGACCAUCCGCCAAAAUUGGGAAAAGUAUGGGAAUCCUGACGGACGCCAAGAAAUAUCAAUGGGCAUCGCUCUACCGAAGACAAUCGUCGAGGGCCGGAAUCGCUUGAUUGUCCUUGCGGCGUAUGGCCUCGUAUUCGGUGGUAUGCUUCCCGCGCUUGUCGGCCGUUGGUGGUUCGGUAACCGCGACAAGACAAAAGACGGCGUCGACGCCCGUUCGGCAGCCGUGUUCUUCAAGAGUCUUAACGAAGAUUCUGGUCUUGACGAGGUCGUCGCAUCGCUAGGCAAGAGCUUCGAGUACGAACAGCCACAGAAAAAGAGUAACACGUCUGAGCUUGACGAGCUUGACAAGCAAAUCCAGGUCACGCUAGGUGCCAAGUGGGGUUCUUUGAAAAGUUUGGCGGAGAUUGAUCCCAAGCAGCAUGAGGCGAGGCGUCGCGCAUUCAUUCUCCUGUACGCCCACCUUCUGCGGCUUCCUAUCCAGAGCUCUUCUCUUCGCAGAGGUAAUUAGAUUCGCUCCUCAGAACCUUCGUGCCGCCCACUUACUACC